UUGGAGGCCUUUGCUGCGUCUGCAGGACCCAAAGCUCUAGAUCAAUGGGUGCAGUCCAGGUAACGAAAACUGGAAAAAGCUCGAGGGGACGCCGUCCGCACUCCGCGGGAGUGAGCGGAAUGCGGAACCUGCUUCCGGAGUUUUCGGGCCACGUUACCACCAUUAUCCCGCGGCGCUCAACGGGUCCUAUGGCAGCCAGCACGCUACAGGACCCGCCGCAGGUUCCCAUGGUAGCAGCAGCAUUUAUGGUCCCUGGACAGGGCCAUGUGAUCUUUGAGGAUGUGGCUGUGUCCUUCUCCCAGGAGGAGUGGGGUCUCCUUAACGAUGCUCAGAGACUCCUGUACUGUGACGUGAUGCUGGAGAACCUGUCACUUAUAGCCUCCCUGGGGUGUUGGCGUGCAGUAGGUACUGAGGAGGCUGCUUCUGAUCAAUGUGUUUCUAUAGAACUAGUGACACAAGACAGGAAUCCAAAUCCAGACCUAUCUAUCCUGAAGACUCUUACUUCAGAUACGGGUGCCCUGGUAGAGAAAGAUGUUUUGUACAUGACCGAGCACCAAGGAGUGCAUCCUGGGCUGAAACCAUCCUCUUCUGGGGCUUGUGGGACAAUGUUCACUUCUCACCUACAACAGCACCAGAAGCAGCCCAGUGGAGAGAAACACCUCAGAAGCGAGGAGAAUGGGGCCUUGCUUGUGACGAGCUGCAAAGUCUUUUUACCCGACAAUAGGUUCACAUGUGGAGAGGUGGAGAAGGCUUUCCUGGGCAGCUUGGGCUUUCCCCAGCACCAGCCCUCCCACGAUGGAGAGCACCCAGGUAGAAGCAGGCAGAGCAGGGAGGUCUCUCACCCUGGGCAAGGGCAUUAUGAGUGCAGCGAAUGUGGCAAAGCCUUCAGUAAGAAGUAUAAAUUCAUGGAACACCUGAGAGUUCACACUGGUGAAAAACCUUAUGAGUGCAGUGACUGUGGGAAGUUCUUUAGACUCACUUCCAGUCUUACUCACCAUAGGAAGGUUCACACAGGAGAAAGGCUUUAUGCAUGCUGUAAUUGUGGGAAAGUGUUUGCUCACAAAUAUAAACUUGUUGAGCAUCAGAGAAUCCACACUGGAGAAAGACCCUAUGAGUGUAAUAAAUGUGGGAAAACCUUCCUUCAGAACGAUACACUUGUUCAGCACCAAAAAGUCCACACUGGAGAAUAUCCUCAUAAGAGCAGUGAAUGUGGGAAGCCCUUCCUUUACAAAAAAAAUCUCCUUGUGCAUCAGAGGAUCCAUAUUGGAGAAAAGCCUUAUGGGUGUAGCAAAUGUGGGAAGUCAUUCAUCUUCAGAAAAAGGCUUCUUGAUCACCAGCGAAUCCACACUGGAGAAAAACCUUAUAUGUGCAGUGAAUGUGGGAAAGCCUAUGUCUACAAAGGAAGUCUUGUUGUGCAUAAGAGAAUUCAUACUGGAGAAAAGGCUUAUGGGUGUAAAUGUGGGAAGUUCUUUACAAGCAGCUCUGCCCUCAGUAAACACCAGAAUGUUCACACUGCAGAAAGGCCUUAUGAGUGCAGUGAAUGUGGGAAAGCUUUCAAGGUCAAAAUUAAACUUGUUGAGCACCAGAGAAUCCACACUGGAGAAAGACCCUAUGAGUGUAAUCAAUGUGGGAAAGCCUUCAAGCUCAAGUAUUCACUUGUUCGGCACCAAACUGUCCACACUGGAGAAAAGCCUUUUAAUUGCAACGAAUGUGGCAAGCCUUUCAGUUACAAAACAAGUCUUCUUGAGCACCAGAGAAUCCACACUGGAGAAAGGCCUCAUACGUGCAGUAAAUGUGGGGAAGCCUUUGUCUACAGAAGAAGUCUUGUUGUCCACCAGAGAAUCCACACUGGAGAAAGGCCUUAUAUGUGCAGUGAAUGUGGAGAAGCCUUUGUCUACAGAAGAAGUCUUAUUGCCCACCAGGGAAUCCAUACUAGAGAAAAACCUUGAGUGUAGUUCUUUGCAGGCAGCUCCAGGCUCAUAAAAAACAAGAAAGUUCACACUGGAGAAAUGCCCUCCAGAUUUAUGUUUUCCUUCCCUUGAGUUAAUAUCUAGCAGCAUAUAGAGUAGGUGUCAUAGACUAAGUGAAAAUUUAACUUAUGUGGAGCCAAACUUUCGUAGAGUGGUUGUAUCCUGUUACAGUCUUACCAGAAGCACCAGAACGUGAGUUUUUGUUCUUUACAUUCUUAUCAACACUUGGUAUGGUCAGGCUUUCUAACUUCAGUGAUGUAAGAGGUGUAUAGUGGUAUCUAGUGAUUUUAACUCGUAUUUCCCUAUUGACAUGAGUUGAGUGGUUUUUCAUGUGAUAAUUUCC